UGUGUUAUUUUCUUACUUUUACAAAACGUAUAAAUACGACAUAUACUUUCCUUUUUUUUUUUAAACGGUUUGAUUUCAUAUCUGUCAGUUGUCCUUCAAUGUCGAUCACUAUUUCCAAAGAAACAUGCUCCGAUCCGAAUAAUGAUACUCUAUUACAAGCAAAGCAUCAUUUCCUCACCUUUGUCUCUACGAUCCAUACCCAUAAUUCAGUACUCCUACAACCACACCAACAACAACAACAACAGCAACAUUACCAUGUUUCUUUACCCCGUCUUUGUCCAUUGUCGAAUUCAGGCAUGAAACGUCCGCUAGAACCGCUACUGGUGGACAAUUUAAUCUAUGCUUCAGCUACUAUCAUUGACAGUAUGUGGUUCGGUCACAUACUCAGAAAAUCGCCCUCUGUUUCGGAGACAGGAGCAGCUACUACCGCUUCCACCGCGCUUUUUAUACGUGAAAUUCUAUCACGGUCAAAAGCCUCCUAUUCAAUGUUACAGUUGGCAUUAUUCUAUAUUCUACGCAUCAAAGGACCCAUUACUAUGUAUAUAAAGCAUCAGCAACAACAACCGCCUGCAAAUCAACAGUCAAACAUCAAUAAUGUGGUCUACUGUAGAAAACGAAUGUUUAUAGCUGCACUUAUGGCCGCUGCUAAAUUCUUGAACGACAAAAAUUUCAAAAACAAAACCUGGGCAACGUUAGCCAAUUUGGACGUCAAAGAAAUAAACAGAGCAGAGAUUAUUUUCCUAAAAUUGAUGGAUUAUCAAUUGUAUGUUAGUCAACACAUGUAUGAUACCUGGGUACGCUUGUUGUAUGAUUAUUUGGACGGAAGAGGAAGGCAUCUACAACCACCGCUGCAGCAACGCCCUUCGGCAGUAACAGCAGCCAAACCAGUGACCCUUCUCUCAGGAGCCACCUCUAACAAGUUGGACGCCUUGGACAAUACCAUGAGUCAUUAUCUACGGCGUCUUCACAUAGAGAAGGAUAUGGAAUCGUGGUAUUACGCCACUCUUGAACAGCACCCAAAAAGUCGAACGGCACUUUUCCCUUCUUAUUACGCAUGCUUAUUUUAUGGCAUUCAUCCUUCCGUUGGCUCUGAAGAAAACGUCAAGUUAGGAACCAAACGAGCUUUCCCAUCGAACUUGACAACAGCCUCCAAGGAUGAACCAAUGAGAAAAUCUAGCAAACACUAGACCAUAACUUGUAUUUUUACACAUCCAACCGAUAACCCACUUCAAUGAUACCUCCUGCUCUACUCUAUCUGUACUAUAGUAACUUAUUAGGGUUCUACUUUCCAUCUUUCCACCUUGUGCAUUUAAAUAAAAAUAAAACAACUUUAUGUUUUAUCUCGAGAUAAAUAACACCCUACAUUUUUUAGUUUAUUACGUAAUGUCAGGCAAAAAGAAAGGAUGGUUGAUUGCUAUGAGAAAGAUGCUAAACUUAUCAAAGGAAAGGCUAAUAAAGCCUUACAUAAGAGAAUUUUAUCCCUUUGAGCAACGCCUUGAAGGAUGAAAUGGAUGACUAAUUUACUUUUUUUUCAUGUGGUUUUUUUUUUUUUUUUUUUUUUUUUUUU